AUGUCUCACGAUUUCCUUCGAAGAAAGGCGUUGACGUCUAUACAGUCAACCUUAGCAUCUCAAUCUACAGCAUUAGCAUCUGUCUACGCACAGUAUUUAAAUGAUGAAUUUGUUCAAGAACAGACUAAGGAAUCUAUAAGGACAUUAUUCACCACCAGUAAAAAUGGUGGUAAGAUCAUCUUUUGUGGUGUCGGUAAAUCAUUCAAGAUAGCCAGCAAACUUCUGGCCACAGCAAAUUCAUUGUCUAUCCAUGCAACAACGUUACAUCCUACGGAAGCUCUUCAUGGUGACUUGGGUAUAGUGAAGCCAAAAGAUUCAAUGAUUAUGAUUUCAGCCAGUGGGAAUACUCCAGAAUUACUUAACUUGAUUCCUCAUAUCCCUUACAAUAUUCCUAUCAUACUUUUAACAUGCAAUAGAAAUUGUAAGUUGGCCCCAUAUCUUUCGCUGAUGUUAUUGGUUGAUUUGCCCACGUUUUUAACUGAAGAACAUGUUCACGGACUCCCCGCACCCACUGUUACCACCACAUUAUCGCUUUCAGUUGGUGACGCAUCUAUAAUAGCUCUACUGGAAAUCUUGGAAGAAGAUUUGGCUCUCCGUCGACGCUUGUUCUCGGAAAGACACCCUGGUGGUUCUAUUGGGGCCAACAUGGCUCAUCUUAAUGAUAACGUUACUAAGAGAGUAAAUCCCACUUCAAACUCUGUUAUACCACUGGCACUGGGUGUUUAUUCAUCAUCAUUGUCCCCUGCAUCCAAUGGAAAGGGGUCUUCCUUACCUAUAUUUUCUACAGUAUCUUCAAAUUCCUCAUACUUGAGUCUUUAUCAGUUGAGGCAAGAAAUCGCGGCCCAAGGUGCAUGCACCUCGCCAGUAUCAAUUGGUUCAGAAAUUGAUGUGGGUGAAGGCAUCUUGACAGAAGUGAACAACUCUACUGCUACACUCCAGGAACAAUUGAUGAAGGCUCACCCUUCUUAUGUUCUUUUGUUUAAAGAUUGGGGUGUAGUAACUGUUGAACUUUUAUUCCAGUGGACUGUAUUGUAUGACUACUUGGUGUUUCACAGUGAGCACUCAAAAAUGGCUAUACCGUCUUCAGAUUUGAAGAAACUCUUGAGACUCCACUAUAAUGUCGUUCCCACUGAACAAAUUAUGGACAUUGUGAAGAAGAGUUUUAAGGAAGUGAUCAUUUGA